CACCACGAAUCCCGCUUCAGUCUGACAGAGCGACUGUUUGGACGACACACUAUCUUUAUUUUAUUUUAUGUUAUUUCUAAACGGCUUUUUUGUUUGUUCGUAUGUCUCGAAAAAUAUAUGUUUAAACCCAAGGACAUGGUUUAGGUGUAGAAGUAGGUGUUUUCUGGAAAUACUUUUAUUCUCUUUCAACAGCUUUUCGUCCGUUGCUAAGUUCAUCCACAGGACUUUGGGACUUAGAAAGCAGCUAACGGCCACGAACUGAACAAAAAAGAAGCUAAUGCAGCUUUUUUAACGUCCGUUUUUGUUUUUAGCCCGUCUUCUUGCUUCUUGCCACAGGAAAAGUCACUGGCUCGUUAGUGACUAAACUGAAAUUCGCAAAGCUCCAUAAAAAAAAUGGGACUGCACCCUUUGGAGUUCAGCGAGUGCUACCUGGACAGUCCGGGUUUCAGGGAGAAAAUUAAAGCCCAUGAAGCGGAGCUGGACAAAACCAACAGGUUUAUUAAAGAGCUUUAUAAAGAUGGAAAGAACCUCAUCAAUGCGACGAAACAGCUGUCUCUGGCCCAGCGCAAGUUUGCUCAGUGCCUGGGUGAGUUCCAGUUUGAGUACAUCGGAGAUGCGAAGACUGACGAUGAGAAGUGCAUUGAUGAAUCCUUACAGGAGUUUUCGUCAUUCCUCCGAAACCUAGAGGACCAGAGAGAGCUGAUGAUGAGGAACAUCACAGAGACACUGAUGAAGCCACUGGAGAAGUUUCGGAAAGAGCAGCUGGGCUCAGCGAAGGCUGAGAGAAAGAAGUACGAGAAGGAAACGGAGAAGUAUUACACUUCUUUGGAGAAACUUUUGAACAUGUCAGCGAAGAAGAAGGAACCACAAUUGCAGGAGGCAGAUGGGACGGUGGAGGUAAUGCGGCAGCACUUUCAGGAGGAGUCUUUGGAGUAUGUCUGUAAGCUGCAGGAGAUCCAGGAGAGGAAAAAGUUUGAGUGUGUUGAGCCUAUGCUGGCUUUCUUUCAGACUGUAUUCACUUUCUAUCAUCAGGGAUUCGAGUUGGCCAAUGAUUUUGACCAUUACAAGAGAGCUCUACAGAUCAAUAUUCAAAAUACGCGAAGUCGUUUUGAGGGAACACGCUCAGAAGUGUAUGAACUGAUGAAGAAGAUAAAGGAGAAUCCACAGGAAUACAGGCAGACCAGCCCCAUCAGCAGUGAGGGCUAUCUCUACGUCCAGGAGAAACGGCCUCCUCCGUUUGGCUCCAGCUGGGUAAAGCGGUACUGCACAUUCGUCAAAGAGCAAAAAAUCCUUCACAUGGUCACUUUUGAUCCCAAAUCCGGGGGCAAGUUUGGUGAAAUGGAAUCGGUCACGCUCAAAUCCUGCGUGCGGAAAACCACAGACACUCUUGACCGGCGGUUCUGUCUAGAUAUAGAGAUAACAGACAGACCAGGCACUGUGUUGACAGUACAGGCACUCUCAGAGGAUGACCAUAAAUUCUGGAUGCAGGCGAUGGGAGGAAAAGAACCAGUGCACUAUCUGGGGAGGACGUAUUCAAAAGAAAGAGGAAUUAGCACUCUUUUCAGCAACUUUUGGAGCAGCUCUGGACGUAUUGGAACAGUUGAUGCCCAGCUGGAUGAAGUUGGCAUGAAUUUUGUGAGAAACUCCAUCAAUGCUAUUGAGACAAGAGGUAUCAAUGACCAGGGCUUGUACAGAGUGGUUGGGGUCAGUUCAAAAGUUCAGAAGCUGCUCAGUUUAAUGAUUGAUGAAAAGAGCAAUGAUGUGGACUUGGCAGCGUGUGAGGAGUGGGAUGUGAAGACCAUCACCAGCACUUUAAAACUCUACCUGAGGAGUCUUCCUGAGCCUCUAAUGACGUAUGGCCUAUACAAGGAGUUCAUAGUUCCUGCAAAAAGUGGCAGUCCGGAGGCUCGUGUUCAGGCCAUUCACUGUUUAGUGCACAAACUGCCUGAGAGAAACAGAGAGGUGUUGAGUCUGGUUACCAAACACCUGGCCAAUGUGGCGGCCCACAGUAAGCAGAACCUGAUGACCGUAGCUAACCUGGGUGUGGUGUUUGGCCCCACACUCAUGCGACCGCAGGAGGAGACAGUGGCUGCCAUCAUGGACCUCAAGUUCCAAAACAUUGUGGUGGAAAUCCUCAUCGAGCAACACGAAAAGAUAUUUGGAGAUAUUCCAAGUGUCAGUCCAUCCUCGGCUAUCUCUCCCCUCGCUCCAACCCGCCAAUCCAAGAAGCAAACCCGUCAGAGUCGCCCACUGGCUGUGUACAACCCUUCGGUUCUGGACAUUCACACAGUCUCUCCAUCCUCAGAAUGCGUAACCCUGACCCCUGAUGAGGCGUCUCUAGGCAGUAACGAGUCCGUCUCCUCUCAGUCGUCCACAGCAUCGACCUCAGAAACCCCACCAGAGAAGGCCAAGAGUCCCCAUGGCAACAUACUUCCUAUCACCACCCCACAGAAUUCUGGUGUGUGCACUGCCAUGGCAUCAUGGAUGAAUUCAACUCUCAGUCCCUCACCGUCUGAGGUCAAAACAGAACCACCACCAGCAGCGGCAGUCGGAGGUCCUGAAGAUAAACCAAGUGAAAGUGUCACCCUGAUGAAAGCCAAGGCUGUGUACCCGUGCGAGGCUGAGCACGAUUCGGAACUUUCCUUCCAGGUCGGAGCAAUCUUCCACGCCGACAUCGAGACUCCUGGUUCCUGCCACCACCACUGUAAAGACAUCAAGAAGUCAGCAAGUGACUCUAUCCCGUGAGCCAGGCUGGCUGGAAGGAGAGCUGGAGGGUAAACGAGGCCUCAUCCCUGAAAACUACGUGGAAAUACUGUAACACAGGAUAAAAAGAUAGAACACUCUAUAUACAUGGUAUCCAUGGUGUGGCCCUGGCUUUAUAUACCCAAUUCUCGCACUCUUUCUUCUCCUCAACUGUUCUGAGUGACCUAUCUAGGUUUUUUCUAGGACUAAAUGCGGAUGUGGCAGCACAAACCUUUGUUGUCUUAAAGUAUAAAGCAGAAGAAUAAGCCUCUGAUCCCAUGCAUAUGGUGCAGAGUUUGAAGCUGUACAUACUAAGUGCAGUGGGGGCGAGAAUAAAUGCCAGUGUCAUCUAUAUAUGUUGUCUUCCUCUACACUUUUUUGUGAUUUUAAUUCAACAAUUUGGAUUUACUGCAUGGGUGUAUAUUGUAUUUUAUAUUAUUUAAUUGACACAGUUGGCUUAUUUGAAUAUCUAAUGCACGUUUAAGUGAAAUAUAAACAUAUGUGUGAUAAUGAAUACAACAUGGCUUUGAAAAGGGUUGUCUUCAUUAUAGGUUUUUUCAUUGUUUGAAGCACUCCUGAUGUUGAGGUUGAUGGUGUUUGUUGAGCACAUUAUAUAUAUAUAUAUAGUUAUAAGUACAUUUUAGAGUUUGUACUGCAUUGAAAUGCUGUGCCUUAAACUCACUAUGCAUCCUCUAUUUGACGUUGUCCAAGAGUUUGGAUGGAAUUUAUUUUUAUUGUACAUAGCGGAAUUUUUUUUUAUGGUAUAUAAAAAGAUAAAAAACUGCCCCAGAAAUGAACGAGGAAAUAAACAGAAUUAUUUCACAGUGAGCAUAGAUGCAAUAUUGUCAGGUCUUACAUUUGUGUUGUAUUAUAUUAUCACUCUUUAAUAAAGGUCAAGUGCAUGUAUGAAAUCCUCUACAGCUGGGUAAAAGAUUUGUGCUGCUCCUCUUGCCAAGACAGUGGCAGCCAUGCAGGAGUCACUCACACUGCAGUUUAAUGAGGCGAUCUCAUUUUUCUAAGAGCAUUUUAUUCUUAUGCUUCGUAUUUGUGACUGAGCACCAUUGCAGUAAUUUAAGACAGUGAUUUAUAACGUCUGUAAAGGUCUUGGCAUUGGUUUGAUUUUUGUAUUGUUGUAUAUCCUGUUGAUCAAUGUUAAAUAAAUAAAG